AUGGCGGACCUCCCAGAUUACUAUUCCGUCCUAGAGGUGUCCUCUACAGCGACCAACGAGGACAUCAAGAAGGCAUACAAGCGAGCGGCUCUGAAAUGGCACCCAGACCGCGUUCCAUCCGAUUCGCCAGAAAGAGCUAAACGCACCAAGAUGUUCCAAAAAAUCAAUGAUGCAUACUACACCCUGUCCGAGCCGACCAGACGGCGAGACUACGACGACGCCCGCGCCUACUCCAGCGGCACGGGAUCUACUGCAUUCGACGGCGACGACUUCGCCGACGAAGAGGUGCCCCGCCGUCCUGCAGCAGGAGGGACAUCGUGGGCCAACAUGUUCGGGUUCGGGAACAAGGCCGAGGGCUCACAAGAGGACGCAUUCGCCAAUGACCAGUUCCGCGGCGCUUUUGAGGAGAUGAUGGGCGAAGCUGACAUGGCUGACCGAGAAGGCGGCACGACGGUGCCCAACAGGAGAUUCUGGAGCAUCAUCGGCGGUAUCUCUGGUUUCGCCUUGGGCUUCAUCGCGGGAGACAUUGUUGGCGCCAUCCCCGGCGCAGCUGUCGGUAGUAAGAUGGGCUCUAUCAGAGACGCCAAAGGCAAAUCUGUGUAUGCCGUCUUUCAGUCUCUUGACCAGAGUCAAAGAGCCCGUGUUCUGAGUGAACUUGCUUCCAAGAUCUUGAGUGGAGCCAUCAGUUGA